CUGCAAUCUUCACCAUGAUGCGAUCUACCAUUCUUGCUGCCUUGUUGGCCAGUGCCGCGGCCUUCGCCCCUGCUUCCAUGCAGUCCCAGCGGGCUGGAUCUGUUUCCUUGAACGCCGAGGAAAUGUCCAAGUCCAUUCCUUUUUUGGUCAAGCCCGACAAGCUGGAUGGAUCGAUGGCUGGCGACAUGGGAUUCGACCCCAUGCGACUCUCGGACAUCCAGACCGACUUGAAAUACGCUCGCUGGAGCGAAAUCAAGCACGGCCGCAUCUGCAUGCUCGCCAUUGUCGGAAUUUUGGUCCAACAAGCUGGCAUCCAUUUGCCGGGUGAACAGUUCACCAAUACGGAUAUUUUCGGUGCCGUCGACUCGGUCGGAUUCGGCGCCAACAUGCAGAUCUUUGCCGGAAUCGGUGCCGUGGAAAUCGCCACCUUCAAUAAGCACUACGGAGAGGGAGAGCCGGGUGAUCUUGGCUUUGACGGUGGUCAGUUGAAAGGAGCGAGUGCCGACAAGAUUGCUCUUCGUAAGGAACAAGAAAUUGUCCACUGCCGUCUUGCUAUGAUUGCCUUCCUGGGUGCCAUGGGUCAGACUCUUUUGUUCGGACAGGCUCUUCCCUAGAUUGGGACUUGCUUGGCAGUCUUGGAAGAUCGCUAGGAGCGAAGUCUAUCUCUUUAAGGGAAGUAAUUACUUUGCCUACAUAACUAUUCUUGCUUCAGCGGAUUCU